UACUUGACAAAAUUUGCCACCCUGACCUCGUGAAAGUUGAAAACCCUUGUUAAUAGAGGCCUCUCACAAACAUAACAUAAAACCACUCUCUCUCUCUCUUGGCCACUCACCACUCUACCAGGGAUUUAUCUAGGGUUUCGUCUCUGUCAGCCAUGGCGAAGCCAAGCCGAGCCCGUCGCUCGCCACUUUCAGGCUCCGGUUCUGACUCAUCGUCACGCUCCCGCUCGCGUUCGCGCUCCUUCUCAGGCACUGACUCGCGCUCCAGCUCGCAUUCUCGCUCUCGAUCUCGCUCCAGGUCCUUCUCUUCCUCCUCUCCGUCCCGGAGUGGCAGCUCUCGUAGCCGAAGCCCUCCCUCCAAAAAAAGUCCUGAAGUUGCUAGACGAGGUCGUUCUCCACCACCACAAGCUAAAAAGGCAUCUCCACCCCAAAGGAAAGCUUCUCCAAUUCGCGAGUCACUUAUUCUUCACAUUGACCAGCUUACAAGGAAUGUGCAUGAAGGCCAUUUACGAGAAAUAUUUUGUAACUUUGGUGAUGUUGUCAAAGUGGAACUGGCAAUGGAUCGUGCUGUUAAUCUUCCAAAAGGAUUUGGAUAUGUUGAGUUCAAGACGAGAGCAGAUGCUGAAAAAGCACAGUUAUAUAUGGAUGGCGCUCAAAUUGAUGGUAAUGUAAUCCGAGCAAGGUUUACAUUACCUCAGCGUCAGAAGGGGUCACCGCCACCUAAGCCUGUUUCCGCUGCUCCAAAGAGAGAUGCUGUGAAAACUGAUGGUGUCAAUGCUGACAAGGAUGGACCGAAGCGACCAAGGGAAGCUUCUCCUCGUCGGAGGCCACCUCUCUCACCACGAAGGAGAUCCCCUGUAGCUCGCAGAGGUGGAUCUCCAAGACGACUGCCAGAUUCUCCACCACGUCGUCGUGCUGGCUCUCCUGCUCGUCGUGGUGAUACUUCUCCAAGGAGGAGGCUUGCAUCUCCAUCUAGAGGUCGUUCUGGAUCUCCGCCACCAAGGCGACGUUCCCCUGUUAGAAGGAUACGUGGCAGUCCCAUUCGUAGACGCUCUCCUUUUCCUCCAAGGCGCCGUUCACCUCCUAGACGGGUUCGUAGUCCUCCCAGAAGGUCUCCAAUCAAUCGUAGGCGUAGCCGGUCUCCUAAUCGUAGGCUUGCUCGAUCACGAUCAAGGUCAAUCUCGCCGCGGAGAGGUCGAGGACCAGCUACUAGACGUGGGAGGUCGUCAUCAUACUCUGGAUCACCUAGUCCACGGAAGGUACCCCGAAAGAUAUCUCGUAGUCCAAGAAGGUCUUUGAGGAGAAGAAGCAGUAGCAAGAGCAGCAGCAGCAGUUCACCUCCUCGUAAGCCAUAGUAGCUUAAAAAAGAUAGCACAUGAUUUCUGCGGGCUAGGUGGAUUGUUGAUGAUUGGUGUUAGCUUGUUCUAAUGGGAGGGUGCUUGUUGUAGGUCUUUUACGAGAAAAAAGCAGUAGCUCUUCCCCCUCCCUCUUGCACUCAGUAGCGAUGGAUAUGUAGUAUCAAGAUUCGCUUAGAGUAACUGAUAUUCUCAGAGUUCAUAUUUCUUUUUGCGUUGAUUAUGAGCCAACAGGGUCCAGUUGUGCUAUUUUGGGCUAAUCUUUUAGUUGCUUAACUUGUUUAUUUCCAUGACUCUAUCCACAUAAUGUGGGAACGAAGUAUGUUGCUUGAUUGAACGUUGGUAAAAAUCUAUUGUAUAAACAGAUGUGUAUGAUAUGAAUUUAUUUUUUUUUUAAAGCAAGGUGGUGUCAUGAAUUGCAUGGUUGAAUUCUCCA